CGUGCUCCCCUAUGUAUGUAACUGAGGAGCCGCAAGCUGUAGCCCAUUCUAAAAAGAAGGACAAAGACCGUCGAUCUGCAAAAAUAUCGACGCAGCCUACCAUGGAGGAGAUCUGUCACAAAGUGAUGUUACAGGUCGGAGACAUGGUCAAUGCCCGCCUUGCUUCAUUAGAAGACAGACUUCUCCCAGAGAAGCGUUUGCGUCCGCCAUUAUCUGGGGAUAAAAAGAAGACCCAUGGCACAACAGAACAUACAGCCGGUAGUAGCCAGCAAUCCACUCAUGAGAAUCCACUUACGCGUCCUGCUGAAGUAGAACAGACAGCUAAACCUUCUGCGCAUGAUGGGGAGCAGUGGGCGAAAGUUAGCCGCCGUAAAACAAAGAAGAAGGAAAAGCAAAGAGGUUCGCUCGAAGAACCAUCAUCGCUGGCGAAUGAAGAACGCAAGCGGCAGCCUGCUGACAAAUCUCGUAAGCUUCGCUCCCCGCGUUCAGCAGCCAUAGUCCUAACGCUGCAACCCGGUGCUGAGGAGAAAGGCGCCACAUAUGCUGCUGUGCUUAAGGAAGCGAAAGAAAAAAUAGAUCUUUCAGAUCUUGGAAUUACUGCUUUGCGGUUUAGGAGAGCGGCAACAGGAGGACGCAUUUUGGAGGUUCCGGGAGCCACAAGUGAAAAGAUGGCAGAUUCUCUCGCGCACAAACUGAGGGAAGUUAUCAGCGAGGAAUUCCUUCGAGUCUCUAGACCUGUAAAAUGCGUCGACAUGCGUGUUUCAGGGCUGGAUGAUUCUGUAUCCAACAAUGACGUAGUAGCUGAAAUAGCGUCACGCGGAGGCUGCACUGCCGAUCAGAUUCGGUUUGGCGAAAUAAAAAGGAGCUUUUCGGGCUUAGGGACGCUUUGGUUACGCUGCCCAGUCACAGCUGCAAAAAAAGUGGCAGAAAGUGGUAGACUAUUAGUGGGCUGGGUUUCAGUCCAAAUAAAAAUCCUGGAUGAAAGACCCCGCCGUUGCUACCGAUGUCUAGAGUCAGGACACCUAAUAGCACAGUGCUCAGCUGAGGUUGACCGUAGCGAUACUUGUUACCGCUGCGGUCAGGCGGGCCAUAAAGCGAGGGAGUGUUCAGCUGCGCCACACUGCAGGGUAUGUGAAGAUGCUGGUAGACCGGCAAAUCAUUUGGGAGGUAGUCGUGCUUGCAACCAAAGCACCUACACAAAAAAGAAGAGCAGUGGAAAGAUUGACGAUGGCCCCCGGGCCUCCUCGCAGUCUGCUCGUCCGACUACAAGUGCGGCCGAAGAUGUUACGAUGUCUGUAGGAUAGUGUUAAUAUGGCUCUCAAAUUUUUACAGGCUAAUAUCAACCACUGUGCCGCAGCUCAGGAUCUACUGUUCCAGACUAUGGCAGAGUGGUUCAUAGACGUUGCUGUGGUUUCAGAGCCAUAUUUUGUACCUUCUGGUGAUGAUUGGGUAGGUGACAGAGACGGUUUGGUGGCCAUCGUCAGUCGGACUUCUGUCGGUUCCCCAGCAAUUGAAAAAGUAGUAAGAGGUCGAGGAUAUGUCUUAGCGCUAAUUGGCGGUGUGUCUGUGAUUGGGGUGUAUUUCUCUCCGAACCGUACUCUGGCCGAAUUCGAGCAGUUGCUGUUGGAGAUCGGAACAACGAUCAAUAGUAGCCGUCCAAGUCGCGUGCUUGUUGCUGGCGAUUUCAAUGCUAAAUCUGUAGCGUGGGGAUCCCCGGCAACCGAUGCACCUGGCGAGACUCUUGAAGAUUGGGCAAUUUUGACAGGCUUGGAAGUGCUGAACCGAGGGUCAACAUUCACGUGCGUGCGGCGAAAUGGCGGCUCUAUUGUAGAUGUUUCGUUCGCCGAUGCUUGCCUAGCGCGUUGUGUUAGUGGGUGGAAGGUUUUUAAAAAUGUGGUGUCACUUUCAGAUCAUCGAUAUAUCAGGUAUGAUGUGUUUACCCAUUCGAUUUCAAUAAGACCUCGAACCCAAACCAUGCGGAAUAUUGGCCCUCGUUGGUCCAUUAAGCGUCUUGACCGUGAUGCUUUAGUUGAGGCGGCGCUGGUACAAGCGUGGCUUCCGGUACCUGCAGAUACCAUAGUAGUAGAAGAAGAAACUGAGUGGCUCGGUCAGGCUAUUACGCAAGUUUGCGAUGUGGCUAUGCCACGGACCGGUUUUAUUCCCCCGAGAGAUGCUGUAUACUGGUGGUCUGAGGA